AUGGCGAGACAGGCAUUAGAGAGCACCCGAGAAGAAUGGAACGAUCUAACGCGACGUCUGAGGGACUACAUGGGUGCUCUUGAAGAAAGUAUCAUCUUGUUGGAGACAUACCCUCUUCGGGAAUGGACUGUUGACCAAGCGGUGAGCCAGCCACUCAUCCACUAUGUCGAAUUCCUCGAAGAUAUGCACGAUACAGUUGUCAAGCUAAAGGAGAAGCGCCGCGGCAGAGCCCUGGGGUUGUUUAAAGCGUUCAUCAAAUUGAAAACUGAUGCGGGAGAUAUUCGUCGACUAAAUCGAGAUAUUGAGGACAGGCAUAGUCAGUUCAUGGAGGCAUUGGGACUUUUUACCGCCUUUCGUGCUCAAGCCGUCGAACAGACUGCCAGUGUUAUCAAAAGAGAUAUGGAAGCUACAAAUGCCAAUGUGGAAGUGACCAAGGCUGGUGUGGAAAUCACCAAGAUCAAUGUGGAAACAAUUCUUACAGAUGUCGACACCGCUGCUAUUCUCCAGUUGCCGACCGUAGGAUUUGUUCCAUCUUCAGUCCAUAGAACCUGUUUGAAAGGAACACGUGAGGCUGUUCUUCGUACUAUCUGGGACUGGGCCAACGACGAUAUGUCGAACGAGCCAAUAUUUUGGCUCUGUGACAUGGCUGGUUCCGGCAAAUCCACAGUCGCGAUGUCCGCAGUGGAAUCAUGGCGGAAAGAGGGAGUGUUAGGCGGACGGUUCUUCUUCUCCAUAGCAAGUAACGAAGGAUCGACCACCGACAAGUUCUGCUCUACCAUAGCAAGAGACCUUGUCCACUACAUUCCCGAGCUCGCGCCCCAUAUUGCUAAAGUCGUGAAGGACCACCCCUCUCUCAUGCGAAGCUCACUUGACGAGCAGUUCCAGAAGCUCAUCACACAUUCCGUCUCUCAUCGGCGAGGGCGCAUCAUUAUCGUGAUUGAUGCGCUCGACGAAUGUAAAUCUGGGACACAGAGGAGAGAACUCAUCGAAGCCCUUUCCUUGGCUGUUCGAGAAAGCGAAAACCUCAAGAUAUUUAUAACGAGUCGGCCAGACCCCGUCAUACAAGCAGUCUUGGGGCCACUCUCCAUCAAAUGCAAGCUGGAGGACCGCCUACACGAUGCCAAUCAUCGUGACAAUAUUGAUGACAUUGGGGUCUAUGUACAUCUAUUACUAGAUGGAGUGCUGUCGGAGCACAAGAGGCAGAGAUUGGUCGAAAAGGCCAACGGGUUGUUCAUCUGGGCAAGCACCGCAUGUCGAAUGAUCACUAGUGAGACCAAUUUGACCUCUCCGGACAGCAUAUACGACCGUCUGGUCUCUAUGGAUCAGACUGGAGCCAUAGACGAUCUGUAUAGUCUCGUUUUCGAGCGCACCAAACCCGAACACUGCGCAGUCAUGUAUAAGAUGCUCGCUCUGCUGCUUGCCGUGUAUGAGCCACUCACCGUCAAUGAUCUGGACGACAUGCUCAAGCACGCUGGGGUAGAUGGGAGCGCCAAGGCUUUGGUACGGAAUCUCGGGAGCGUACUUACCGAAGAUGCAACUACAAGUGUGAUCCAAUUCCGGCACCCCACCCUCGUCGAGUACCUUCGACGCUGCUCCAAUACUCCAGCCAUCGAUAGCCGUAAUAGAGUAUAUGUCGACAUCGCUAAUGCGCACGGUCAAGUUGUAUCGUGGUGUCUCAAACGCUUCAGGUCGCGUACUGAAGGACUCAGGUUUAACAUAUGUCAAAUCGAGUCAUCUUUCUACCUAAAUAGGGAGAUACCAGACAUUGACACCAAGGCAUCAAGAUUUAUCUCAAGAAGACUUCGAUAUGCCAGUUUUCAUUGGUUGUUCCACAUGGCGGAAACUAAUGACAACUGGCGAUCUACGUUCACGAACGAACUUCAACACACCAUUCAACACCCACAUGUGUUUUAUUGGAUGGAGGUUCUAAGCUUUACUGGAGGGGUGCCACGAGCAAUAGCUGGCCUUCGAGCCGUGACGCGCCGUGUAGGACUUGAAGAAAGUGUCCAAAGCAGAAUGGACGAGAUACGUCGAUUUUUAAUAGCAUUUUCGGUACCUAUCCAGGAGAGCGCACCACACAUCUACAUCACUGCACUUCCAUUUACUCCCACAAAGUCAAAGCUCCGUAUAGAGGGCAUGGAACUCUAUAAAAAUCUCCUUACAGUUGUUCAGGGCCUUGAGGAGAUGUAUCCAGGGCUUCCCAGAACUCUUCGAGGCCAUGAAGGAUCGGUCUUGGCUGUUGCAUUCUCUGCAGACGGCUCGCGAAUUGUCUCCGGAUCAUCUGACAAGACAAUCCGACUAUGGGACGCAGAUACUGGUCAGCCAUUGGGGGAGCCUCUCCAAGGACACCAAAGCUGGGUCACAGCCGUCGCAUGCUCACCAGAUAACUCUCGGAUUAUCUCCGGCUCAGACGAUCACACCCUUCGACUAUGGGACGCAAACACUGGUCAGCCAUUAGGACAACCACUACGUGGCCACGGAAAUUCCGUCUGGACCGUCGUGUUCUCGCCAGACGGCUCGCGAAUCGCUUCUGGCUCCUCUGACAAGACGAUUAGACUAUGGGACGCAGACACUGGCCAACCAUUGGGAGAGCCGCUCCAAGGACAUACAAACUCAAUCUGGGCCAUUGCGUUUUCGCCAGACGGCUCCCGCCUCGUCUCCGGCUCGGACGAUAGGUCUAUUCGUCUAUGGAAUGCAAGCACUGGAACUCCCCUGGGAGAGCCACUCCGAGGACAUGAAAAUUGGGUCAGAGCCGUCGCAUUCUCACCAGACAGUUCACAAAUCGUAUCUGGCUCGGACGAUAGGACAAUUCGACUAUGGGAUGCAAUUACUGGUCAGCCAUUGGGAGAGCCAUUCCAAGGACAUGAAAACUGGGUCACAGCCGUCGCGUUCUCGCCGGAUGGCUCGCGAAUCAUCUCUGGCUCGGACGAUAAGACCAUUCGACUAUGGGACGCGAACACUGGCCAAUUACUGGGACAACCUCUCCGAGGACAUGAAAAUUGGGUAACGGCUGUCAUAUUCUCGCCAGAUGGCUCAAGAAUCGCUUCUGGCUCGGACGACUGUACGAUUCGACUCUGGGAUGCAAACACCGGUCAACCGUUGGGAGAACUACUCCGAGGACACGAAAAUUGGGUCACGGCCGUUGCAUUCUCGCCGGACGGUUCACGGAUCAUCUCUGGCUCGGACGACAGAACAAUUCGACUAUGGGAUGCAAACACUGGCCAACCAUUGGGGGAGCCGCUCCGAGCUCAUAGCAACUGGGUAACAGCCCUCGUAUUCUCGCCAGACGGCUCUCGAAUCGCAUCCGGCUCGUCGGAUGAGACGAUUCGAUUAUGGGACGCAACGACCGGCCAGUCACUAGGAGCACCGCUCCGAGGGCACAAAAAUUGGGUCUUGGCCCUGGCAUUCUCGCCAGACGGCUCGCGGAUUAUAUCUGGCUCGGACGACAAGACGAUUCGACUAUGGGAUGCAAUCUCUGGUCACCAGCUGGGAGGACCACUCCAAGGACAUGAAAAUUGGGUCAGGGCAGUCGCAUUCUCGCCAGAUGGCAUGAAGAUCGCCUCUGGCUCGUCCGAUGAGACGAUUCGAGUGUGGGACGCGAUGACUGGUCGGCCGCUCGGGGAACUCCGAGGACAUGAAAGCUGGGUCUUGGCUGUCGCAUUCUCUCCAGACGGCUCACGUAUCAUAUCUGGCUCCUCGGACAAGACCAUUCGGAUAUGGGACGUGAAUACCUUUCAAGCCUUGGAAGGGCCCCUCUGGGGUCACAAAGAAUCAGUCUGGGCUGUCGCGUUCUCGCCGGACUCGCGAAUCGUCUCUGGCUCGCUUGACAAGACUAUUCGAGUGUGGAGUACAGACCAUUAUAUUCAUGCAAAGAGCUCCGACCAGGAUGAUAAAGAGUCUACAUAUUCGAGCAUUAUAGAAGAGGUACCAGGCACACCUCUCAGAAUUCUGGUACCCGGAUUCACAAAUUGUUCACUUUUGCAUGAUGGCUGGGUUCAAUCUUCCGGUAAACGUCUCUUUUGGGUGCCACCUGAAAACCGUCAUGGAUUACAACAACCUCAUCUACUUCUGACCAUGCCUACAACGAGUGCAUUCCGUGCAACCAAACUCGACCUCUCCAAUUUCCAAUGUGGUCCCUCUUGGACAAGUAUUCGAAAGGACGCUCAUUAG